AUGCAAACGUCCCCUCGAAAGAGCAUCAAGAGUUUUCAGGCCGCGUCGACCCCUGUGGGGUUUGACAACAAGCCCGCCCCAGUGACGGGGGCGUCGUCCAGGUGGGGCGUCGUGCUCGUCGCUGUCAACUGGAUGGUUGGGGCCCUCCUGGCCUUUGCCAUCGUGUCCCCCAUCGGGAUUCAAGUCGUGGCCAUCUACCGCAACAACCUGGCGUUGAAAUGGAACAGUUGGUUCAACAUCGACCCCAAGGACAAGAACCGGUUUGCCCGCGGCAAGGAGAUGCUCCCAGUCAGCUACUUUUUCCUCUUUUUUGUCGUCCCUGUAGUUGUGGCCGCCGUGCUCUUCAGCCUGGCCAAGGCCCACUACCGCAUGGGGGUGACCUACUGGCUCCACAUCAAGCCCCGGUGCCUCCACCGCCUUGUGAGCGUCGGCGAGAUUCUGUUUGUCCUGGCUGCCGUCGCUGGCAAUGUCCUCGUGUUCUACCACUCAUACAUGUUUCAGUUGUCGCUCAAGAAGCCUGUCUUGAAGGUCGUCGGGAUUUCGCUUGCCUUCAGUGGCCUCUACAACAUGGUCUUUCUUGCGUUGCCAGCCACCCGGCAUUGUUUUUGGAUGGAAUGGCUCAACCUCCCGUGGGCUCGCGCUGUCAAGUACCACCGGUGGUUUGGAGCUGCCACGAUUGCGAUGUUUUUUGUGCAUUUCGCUGUGUUUUUCGUCGAGUUUGCCAACAACGGUGCUUUGGCGCAUGAACUCCUCCCUUGUUUCAAAUGCGAUAUCGGUGUCGAAGGAAGCAUGGGCAAGGACGCAUGGAUCAAUGUCUUCGGCGAGCUCUCGCUGCUGUGCAUGCUCAUCAUGGGUGCCACCGCUUUUCCAUACGUCCGACGCAACUACUACGCCACAUUCAAGGCCACGCACUGGCUAUUCAUCCCCGCCGCUCUCUUUGCCGUCAUGCACUACGAACAGAUCAUCGUUUGGAUCUAUGUGUCCAUGGUGCUGUACAUCGUGAACCGCAUGUACUCGAGCUCGACGGUGGCCCACCCCGUCGCUCUCGACACGGCGGCCGCGCUGCCUGGCCACGUCACGCAGCUCACGUUUAAGUGCUCAACCAACUACCUCCCCGGAGACAUCGUGUACGUCCAAGUUCCUUCAAUCUCGACCGUCCAGUGGCAUCCGUUCAGCAUCGCCUCGACGCCGCUGCACACGCCUGGUCAGUUGACCGUGUAUAUCAAAGCGUUGGGCCAUUGGACGAGCCAAGUCCACGACUACGUCAAGCAGUGCGAAGCCCAAGGAGUGGAGCCUGUGGUGUACAUGGAUGCUGGUUACACGCCGCCGACACCAAUGUCGCUGUCGUACUCGAGCGUGGUGUUCAUCGGGGGCGGCAUUGGAGUGACACCGCUCAUGGGUCAAAUCAUGCACUUGCUCCACGCACGGCCCCAUCAAGACGUGUACCUGGUGUGGCACGUCAAGACGGUCGAGAUGGUGUCGCAGUUUCAGGGGUGGCUGCACGAGUUGGAAGACGUGGCCGAGCGACACCGCGGACGGUUGAGUUUGCACCUCCACGUGACCCAGCAAGACAUUGCCGAAGUCUCGAUUGAGCAUGACGAACCCACUCACAAGUUUCAAUUGUCCAAGUCAUCAACUGAACCGCGCCCGUACUCGCAUCUGUCGACGACACGCAAGUUGGUGAUGUUGCUGCUGGCGUUCUUUGUCAGUGGCGCCCUUCUAUUCUACGUCCGGUACCAGCAAAAGAUCUCGACAUACAAACCGAGCUUGUGGCCGCUCCAGCGCUUUGUCGAGUUUUCGAUCGUGAUUGUGGGGUCCUUCUUUGCCUACGGAGUUGCUCUUAUCCGCCCGGGAAAGCAACCCGUGGCAGCAACCGCAUUGCAAAUGCGUGCCAAUACUACUGCUGUGCCUUUGACGAACGACGAGUUUGUCCGCCAUUUCAACGUCAAGUAUGAGCGUGCAAAUUGGGAGGAGCUGUUUGGAGAGAUCAAGGCCGGUCACUCGUCGACGGACCUCCGAUCCGUCGGUGUGUAUGUUAGUGGCCCGAACGCGCUGACCGCAGCCAUUGAAGCCGUCACCGCGAAUGACGCGCUGUACGACGUACAUCACGAAGUGUUUGAGCUGUAA